AUGCUUGUCGAGUCCAUAUUGUCUUCUCCGGCCCCGCGAACCAUCUUCGCCCGGAGUCCGCUGCGGAUAAAGUCUUGGAUAUCAGCAGCAUCCGUGCGACGCUAUAGUGCCGUGCCUUCGUACGGCACUACAACGCCGAUUCCAGAGAAUUCGCCCGAUUUGCUUUUUACCUCUCCCUAUCGAUUCGAGACGGGAUAUGCCCUCUCCCCCAAACGUCCUUCACGACCGUUUCCGCCGCCAUUCCUGUCUCCACCGUCGACAUCCUUCUCCGAUCCUCUAACAACUCACUUUCGAGGGCAGGAUAGGCGAUUAACCCUCAAGGGGGAUCUGAUCAGAGGCUUAACAAACGGGGAUGAUGCCGUCCUGGUUGCCGAGAACUUCAUUGGAGUCAAUGACGGGGUAGGAGCCUGGGCGACGAGGCCCCAUGGGCAUGCAGCGUUAUGGUCCAGACUCAUCUUGCACUUUUGGGCUCUUGAGGUUGAGCGCGGGUCCAAGAUCGCUGCUGAACCGGAUCCUGUCGAAUAUCUACAGCGAGCCUACGAGGAGACGGUCGAAGCCACCACAAAACCCAACGAAUGGGUAGGAACAACUACCACCGUGACCGCGCUUUUACAUCACACCGAAGACCCAGACCCUAAGCCGAUACUAUACGUGACCAACCUGGGAGACUCACAAGUUCUUGUGAUUCGUCCAGGUGAGCAGCAGCCCAUAUUCAAGACCACAGAACAAUGGCACUGGUUCGAUUGUCCUUUGCAGUUGGGUACGAACAGUAAAGAUACUCCGCGCAAAGACGCGGUUCUGUCAAAAGUCGAGCUGCAGGAAAACGAUAUUGUGGUUGCAGUCUCCGAUGGAGUCAUUGAUAAUCUCUGGGAGCACGAAAUCGUGUCGACUAUCCUGAAAGCCGUAGAGAGAUGGGAAGCAGGUGAAGGUGGAGAAGCGCAAGGUGACCGGACUGCUGGAGCGGGCGGUGGCAUGGUCUACGCGGCUAGGGAGCUGCUGAAGGCCGCACAUACAAUCGCGCAAGACCCUUUCGCAGAAAGCCCCUAUAUGGAAAAGGCUAUAGAGGAGGGUCUUACCAUCGAAGGAGGGAAAAUGGAUGAUAUCAGUGUCGUGACGGCGCUUUGCAAGAAGCGUCCAGGCUGA